AUGGCCCUGCCCGAGGGCCCAGCAGAUGGCAGCCUCCCUGAAGGGGACUCCAGCCCAUCCGCAGGCACUCCAGGACCCAGCCAGGACCUAGCCAGCCCCAUUGCCCGCAGGCGGGCCCUCCUCCGUGAGCUGGAGGCCCAGGUGCAGGCUGCCUACGGGCAGGACCGGGAGCUGAGACCAGAGGAGAUCGAAGAGCUGCAGGUCGCCUUCCAGGAGUUUGACCGAGACCGGGAUGGCUACAUUGGCUACCGGGAGCUGGGGGCCUGCAUGCGGACGCUGGGCUACAUGCCCACGGAGAUGGAGCUCAUUGAGAUAUCACAACAAAUCAGUGGUGGGAAGGUGGAUUUUGAAGAUUUUGUGGAGCUGAUGGGCCCCAAGCUGCUGGCAGAGACGGCAGACAUGAUCGGCGUGAGGGAGCUUCGAGAUGCCUUCCGGGAGUUUGACACCAACGGCGACGGCCGCAUCAGCGUAGCGGAGCUCCGCGCAGCCCUCAAGGCUCUGCUGGGGGAACGCCUCAGCCAGAGGGAGGUAGAUGAGAUACUCCAAGACGUUGACCUCAACGGAGAUGGCCUGGUUGACUUUGAAGAAUUUGUUCGGAUGAUGUCUCGAUGAGCCUGGGUAGAAGCCAGAGUGGACCAGCCUGGAGGAUCACAGCCUCCGAAUUGCAGAGGAUCCCAUAUGCUCGUUGAAGCUCAUUGUGUACAGGACUGUGAACCUCCUCCCCAUCCCUGCCUGGCACAGUGCCCUCUUCCCUUACCACCCUGGACCUCUCCCUGGUUUUCUGGCA